AACUUGGUAACCAGUGUUUUACACUCUUUAAAGUUGGAUAGAGGAGUGUAACGAUGAAGACAUUACAGCGUGAUUGAAAGGCUCCCGCAAAACUUUUGGUAAGAUAUUUUCCACAACAUUUUUAUUAUCAAAUCAUUUUCAGUAGUUUGGAUUCCUACAUUCUUUUUUUUUCAGUGUUCUGGUGUCCUCAAAAGUGGAUUUGCCAUGAAAUCUGAGCGCAAAGACCUUCAUCAAUCCAUCACUCUGCCCUCUAUUUCAGAUGCACCCUUCUUACCAGCUGUUGUCAGAAAGGCAAGGGAUGAAGCCAAAGCUGAGCCAUGGAGGAGGAAGGCAAUCCAAGAUGACAGUCCAGACCUAGACCAAGAGGCCAGGGCCCGGCAUCAGGCUCAACUGGAGCAGCGCCAUCUAGAGGCCUACAGGAACAUGCACCGUCUUCGAGAUUCUCUCUAUCACCGCUAUGCUGCCUUGCUCAGAGACAAGGUCCACUCACAAAGAUUAGAGCUGCAGCAGAGAUAUGAGGCAUCCAGAGCAAAGUCAGAGAGUGAAACUAAGCAGAAACAAAGGAAGUUGGCCUUCUCCAAACUGCAGCACAAUGACUCAUACCUGAAGUCCAUCCCCAAAACCAGCUAUUACCUGAUCUUUGACCUCCAGAAGCAGUUAGCUGAGCGCGGACAUCUGAAAACCCACCACGACUUGGAGGACUUCUAUAGGUGCAUCAAAUAUAGCCGUCACCCAUCACAGCUGCUUAAAAGUCUGGAAGACGUCAGGAAAAAGAUGCUGGAAAGCAGAUCUGCAGCUGAUUCGAUGACUAAAUACAAGAUGUCAGAGAAACAUCCCUCCACUGCUGUGAAUGGAGGACACAAGGACCACAUCGCCCAUUCCAGGUUGUUAGAGCAAGGUUCUGAUUCAGGGGCGAGUUCGGGGGAGCUGAUCUUCAGUGGCAGCCAGGAAAAGGAUGGAUUUCCCAAGAUGAAAGCUCGCACAUUUGCAACCCUACAGCCUAACUUUAUGAGGAACUUCCAGAGCAAGAUGCCUGAUUUGAUUAUCCCUGAGAUUCCUGAGAAGAGCAGGAAAGCUGAGAUUUACAUGAGACGGUUGAGAGAAAUGCAUGAUCUUUGUUUAGCCAACAUGGCUUUCUCCAAAAGACUGUUGGACAGGCAGACAGACUCACUGUGCUGGCAGGAGGAGCGAGGAGACCACGAUUUGCUGCUUCCAGUCAUCGACUCCAAACAAGAGAAAACAAGUCAAGCCAACUGGCCACCUCUCUGCUCACCGAAACAUCAAGGAAGUGUCCAGGAUGACCGACCUUCAUGUCCCCAACAGCUGAGCAGAUUGACCUCAGCCAGUUGGAGACAAAAAGCUGAUUUUUCCUUGGCAUUUGGCAGCCACAGAUGUUUUGAGACUCAGGUUUGGGACACAGCAGUGUGCUUCCCUAAAACACCUGAUCCCUUAUCUAUUGAAGAUGUGUGCCAACAAAAACAUGUAGAGAUAAUUGACCGUGGGUUUAAGCUGUGGAGAAACUAUAAAGAAGACUCAGAUCAGUGAAGAUAUCACCACCGUAGCAUCUCAUUAUGGGCAAUAUGCAAUUAUGACCAACUACUAUUGCAUAUAUAGUUUUAUAACAACAAUACUAUAUUAUAUUUGACCGAUUAUUAAAAGAUUUCAAACCGUCAAAUGUUGAUUUUAGUCAUAUAUCACAUUUCCCUAUACAUGUGUAGGUUUUCCAAAAUAAAUGUUAUACUAUCAUCAACUAUAUGAAAUGUGAUAAGAAUUGAUGUGUGAUUAUGUUUUGUUUACACUUUGUUUUUAAAGUGACUAGCUGUUAAGAUUUGCAAUAAAGUUAUUAUGGAUGUGGUUGUUGCACUUGAGUGUAAGUUUUCAUCUGUUUAUGUUAUUUAUUAAUUCAGUCAUUAAUGAUAUUAGAAGAAGUCCACACUAAUGUGUGACUGAUAAGGUUCCAGGUUUCUGAAUGAAAUUAAAUGUUCUAAACUGACUAAAAUUAAAGUUUUUUAUCAUAAAAAUUCUCAUUAAAAAAUCCUGGGGCCCCCUUGGAUUAAGACCCCUAUAAGACCAACCUUGGUCAGCCUAUAGUGGUCUUGUCUCUGCA